AUGGCGUCGCAGAAAAAUCUUGACCGGGCGCGUGCUGACUCAGCCGAGGGUGGGGUGAUUGGCGCUGCGAUAUCGCAGUCGAGUCGAGUUGCCACCAGCUCUCCCUCAUCAACUGCGAAAGUGAUUGACGCUCAUCUUUACACAUACACAUCAAGCAAGAUGGCUCCCUCAUUCCCGAAGAAGAAGUGCGGUGUUCUGGGUGCCACAGGCUCCGUGGGCCAGCGAUUUAUCCUCUUGCUGGCAGACCACCCCUUCCUGGAGCUCGAGGCUGUUGGUGCCUCUGAACGCUCUGCUGGCAAGAAGUACAAGGAUGCCGUGCGAUGGAAGCAAUCCUCUUCGAUGUCCGAGAAGCUCAGUAACCUUGUCUUGCGGGAAUGCAGGGCCGAGCAGUUCAAGGACUGUGACCUGGUCUUCUCCGGAUUGAACAGCGAUAUUGCUGGCGAGACAGAAAUGGAAUUCAUCAAGGCAGACAUUCCUGUCUUCUCCAAUGCCAAGAACUACCGCAAGCACCCCGCCGUGCCCUUGGUGGUGCCCACGGUCAACCCCCAGCACCUGGACCUGAUCCCCCACCAGCGCAAGCACUUUGGCUUGAACAAGGGAUUUCUGGUCUGCAACUCCAACUGUGCCGUCAUCGGCAUUGUUAUCCCAUUCGCCGCCCUCCAGGCCAAGUUCGGCCCCGUCGAGGAGGUGGAGGUGUUCACCGAGCAGGCAGUCUCUGGCGCCGGCUACCCGGGCGUGCCCAGCAUGGAUGUUGUGGACAACGUCAUCCCGUACAUCAGCGGCGAGGAAGACAAGCUGGAGAAUGAAGCCCAGAAGAUCCUGGGUGCCCUGAACACCGACGCUACGGCAUUCGACGAGCAGGCCGGUCUGCGAAUUGGCGCCACCUGCACCCGUGUGGGUGUCACAGAUGGCCACAUGGCCUUUGUGUCGCUGCGAUUCAAGAACCGUCCCGGUCCCAACGCAGAGCAAGUUGCGCAAGCGCUGCGCGAGUACCAGUCCGAGGCGCAAAAGUUGGGUGCUCCCUCGGCUCCCCAGCCGGCCAUCAAGGUGUUUGACGAGCCCGACCGACCCCAGCCCCGACUGGACCGCGAUAUCUCCGGAGGAUACACCGUCAGCGUGGGGCGAGUGCGCGAGGGUGCCGAGGGUGGUUACUUCGACCUCCGUUUUGCCGCGCUCUCCCACAACACCGUCAUUGGUGCCGCCGGAUCAUCCAUCCUGAAUGCCGAGGUUGCGGUGAUCAAGGGAUACAUCUAA